AAUUCUCUCUUUUUACGAACAUAAAAAUUUUUUUUUCACUUUUUGAUAAUUUUUCAUAUCAACAAAUAGAGAUCAAGAUAUUAGUUAAGAGACUAUCAUAAUGCUUAGACAAUUAGCUACUAGACAAGUUAGAUUGACUUCUAAGGGAGGAGUCUCCUUUGCUAGAAAUAUCCGUCACAUAUCUAAUAUUGUUUCCCAAAAGGAUGCUUCAGAAGAUUCUCAAACUGGUAAAUUCAUCAAUACUUUGAAUAAACCUUAUUCUGUCACUACUUAUGCUCGUCCUAAUUUGGUGUUAACCCAUGGUAAAGGAUCACUCUUAUAUGAUUUAGAGAAUAGACAAUAUGUUGAUUUCACCAGUGGGAUUGCUGUUACUUGUUUAGGACAUGCUAAUAAAGAAUUAGCUGAAAUAAUACAUGAUCAAUCUACUAAACUUCUUCAUUGUUCAAAUUUAUAUUAUAAUCUUCCAGCUGGUGAAUUAGCUAAUAAAUUAGUUUCCAAGACCAAAGAAUCAGGUGGUAUGAAAGAUGCUCAAAGAGUGUUUUUAUGUAAUUCUGGUACUGAAGCAAAUGAAGCUGCUUUGAAAUUUGCUAGAAAAUAUGGUAAAUCAAUCAAUGAAAAUAAAAUAGAGAUUAUUACUUUCAAUAACUCAUUCCAUGGUAGAUCUAUGGGUGCCUUGUCGGUGACUCCUAAUCCAAAAUAUCAAGCUCCUUUCGCUCCAUUAAUUCCAGGUGUUCAAGUUGCUGAUACUGCUGAUAUUGAAAGUGUUAAAAGUUUAAUCCAUAAAGAUAAGACAUGUGCCGUGAUUAUUGAACCAAUUCAAGGUGAAGGUGGUAUUAAUGUGGUUAGUGAAAAGUUCUUAACUGAACUUAGAAAGUUAUGUGAUGAUAAUGAAGUAUUAUUAAUCUUUGAUGAAAUACAGUGUGGUUUAGGUCGUACUGGUAAAUUAUGGGCUCAUUCUAAUUUAGAACAAGCUGUUCAUCCUGAUAUUCUUACUAUGGCCAAAGCUUUAGGUAAUGGAUUCCCAAUUGGAGCUACUAUGAUUACUGAAAAAGUCGAAAAUUCAUUAGCUGUAGGUGAUCAUGGUACAACUUAUGGUGGUAAUGCUUUAGGAGCUAGAAUUGGUUCAUUUGUGGUUGAUAAGAUCACUGACGAAACAUUCUCUGAAGGGGUAAAUGAAAAAUCAGCUAUAUUCGUAUCUCUUCUUUCUAAAAUCGUUGAAAAAUACCCUGACCAUGUUGAAUCAGUCAAAGGUAAAGGGUUAUUAUUAGGUUUACAAUUUAAAGAUAAUCUUACUAACUCUGCUGUGGUUGAUAAAUGUAGAGAAAAUGGUUUAUUAGCUAUCACUGCUGCUUUAAACGUGUUAAGAAUCGUUCCAGCCUUAAAUAUUCCAAAUGACUUGAUCCGUGAAGGUGUAGAGAUCUUAGACUUUAGUAUCAAACAAGUUAUUGAAGAAAGUAAAUAGAUUUAUGAUAGAUUUUAUAGUACUUUAAAAUUUAAAAUUGCCCGUCGUCAAACACGCUAAAAAAAAUAAUCGAAGUCAAAAAUUUGGUGAGAGAGCCCUUUAAUAAAAAAAAAAUACAGCACCAACUGAUAAGUAACAGGUCA